UCCAUACUCAACGUCCCUCCCCAAACACACAAACCUGAGCCCGCGCCCAUGUCCACCCAAUCUGAGAACCCACAACCUUCUCCAACACACGAUCCCUAUCUAAACCACCCCGUAAUCGGAACCGGCAUGACGGGGAUAAUCCUCCAACUGGGACCAGACCGCGUCGUCAAAAAGCCCAAGAAAUACCAGCCCGGACGCCUCGAACUCCGCGAAGACAUGGAAUACAUGAACGAAAUUAACCAGCAAAUCCUGGAAAAUGAGAUCCAGAUCUUCAAGCGUCUGGGCAAUCAUAAAGGGUUAAUUCCCUGUUUUCAAACAUCCCAGUAUGGAAUUGAGCUGGCCCUUGCGCAAGGGGAUCUUGAAUCCUAUAUAGAAACGUAUCCAGAGCCUGAGGAUUCUUUGAAGGUUACCUGGAUAUUAAGUCAUAUUGAUACCUUUGUAUAUGUCCAUUCUUGUAAGGUGUUUGUGGAUGAUAUUGCCUUAAGGAAUACCUUGAUCUUGGGUAAAGAGGUUAAGCUGGCGGAUUUCGGACAGUCGGUUUUGUUAUCUCUUGAUGUUGAUGUUACUUCUGUGAAGGAGAAUGGGUUGGAUGUUAGGAUUGAGAUUCUUCAUCUUGGUUGGAUACUUUAUUCGGUUUCGUCGUGGCAGGUUCAUAAUUAUUAUUUCUUCGGACCUGAGAAUCAUGAUCUUUGUUGGCCGGAACGGGGCUCGUUUCCGGAUGUUGAUGGGGUUCUAUGUGGAGAGAUAAUCGGGAAGUGUUGGAGGGGCGAGUAUGUGAAGUAUGGAGAGUGUUAA